GCUCUCUUUCUCUUCCUCCUUCUUCUUCACCUCUCUCUCUCACUCUUUAUUCCUUCCACAUCAUAGAACCCAGUGUUUUGGGUUCGCUCGAACCUAGAUUUGGGUUCCGCAGAACCUAGCGAUCUAGGUUCGUCUGGGUUCAAAUGAACCCAAAUUGUUGGGUUCUAUGGAACCCAGAACUAGCCAUUUCGCGUUUCUGCUCUUCCCGACCCCCCUGCAACUGGCCGAAGGCCCCCAAGCCCGACGCACCUCCACUUGAAGAAAAAAUUGGUAAAAGCUUGAUUUUAUCCUUCUUUUCUUGUUCAAGAACCAGAUUUGGAGCUUGGAAAUCUUUCCCCUCUGCAGAAAAUCCCGGAUCUGCUCGGUUUCUCCCCUCCCCUGUCCGCGAGUUGCAGCUUGUGGGUGCGAAUUUCUGGGCAUUUUCGCCGUGAGUUUCCCCCUGCAGAUUGCCGCCGGCUUCUUCUCCCUGCCAGCUCCGGUUUUACUUGUUAAAUUCUGGAAGCGAAAUCGAGGACGGGGAACCCACGGGAAGUGACGAGUUAGAAGGCUAGCCAUUUCGAGAUUGACUAGAUUUUAGAUAUAAAUCGUGAUCUUGUAAACAAGAUGGGAUUUGGGGAUUUUAUGAUAUCAGAGUAAAUUUAUAAUUUUAUC